UUGAUCUGGAAGAGAAUUUUUGCUGUUCAGGGUUUCACUGACAUCACGUACAAUGUGCAACAAAAUAGAUGUGGAGAUGCUACUGAGAUUACUAAGAAAGACGACUUACUGAAGGGGAUUUAUGCUAUGUCAAAUGGAAUAUUCGAUCAUGAGAACUCAGCUUCAAGCUUGCUGCAAGACCACUACCUUGAUUCAUCUUGGAGAACUGGUAACAGUCUUCCAUGGACGCUGGACAGCAGCAUUAGUGAAGAAAACAGGGCUGUCAUUGAGAAAAUGUUGCUGGAAGAAGAAUAUUACUUAUCUAAUAAAUCACUUUCUGAAAAAAUAUGGCUCAGUCAGAAGGACGCGGAGAAAAGGUCUAUGAAAAGCCCACAUAAGAAAACUGGAAAAGUCAUGAUGCGAUCACCUACAAAAUCAGCCAGCUACUCAUUAAAGUGGACAUCAGAAGAAAAAGAGCUGUUUGAACAAGGGCUGGUGAAAUUUGGCCGCCGGUGGACGAAAAUUGCCAAGUUGAUUGGAAGUCGUACUGUUCUACAAGUGAAGAGCUAUGCUCGGCAGUAUUUUAAGAACAAGGCGAAAAACGGUGAUUCUGAAAAAGAAGAGCAAAGUCGGUGUGGGAGCAAUGUUCCCGUUGAAGAUGAGAUAAGGGCAGAAGCGUGGUCAUCUGGAAGCUUGAGAGGCCAUGCAGACCCCAAUCUGAAUGCGGUCAAAAUUGAAAAGCUGUCAGAUGAUGAAGAAGUAGACAUAACUGAUGACAUGGAUGAACUGUCUCCUGCCUUCCAGCAAGAAACUAGAAAAUCUGAAUUAACUGUUAUUUCAAAAAGUCCAGUUGAAGAAAUGAAAGGAAUGGAGCAUGUUUUCUCAUCUGUUGGACAUAGUUCUGCAAUUUCUUUACCGAAAGAAGAUCCUCAACAUGCCAAGCAAGAGCCAGUGGAUGCAUUGGUGUUUCCAGGUGUUGCAGCAACGUGUUCUCAGCACCUGAACGGUGAUAAAUCUGUGACCUUAGAUUACCAGCAACACAAUAACUUUAUUGAGAAAGCUGAACAAGGCAGACAAGUAACAGCUCAGGGUGCUAGACAAGUAACUCAUCAGGAGCCUAAUGAGGAACAGAGAGACCUGGCUGAUAAUGGGUUGCUUUUUCCUCCUCCCUGCCAAGUGGAUGAAGAUCAUCAAGAAGAAGCAGAGGAGCUUAAGCCACCCGAUCAAGAAGUGGAAGUCGACAGAAACAUCAUUCUGGAAGAAGAAAAACAAGCUAUUCCUGAGUUCUUUGAAGGGCGCCAGGCCAAAACACCCGAGCGUUAUUUGAAAAUUAGGAAUUAUAUUUUGGAUCAAUGGGAGAGAUGUAAACCCAAAUACCUGAAUAAAACUUCAGUACGUCCAGGCCUUAAGAACUGCGGUGAUGUUAACUGCAUUGGACGGAUCCACACGUAUUUGGAAUUAAUAGGAGCGAUUAACUUUGGCUGCGAACAGGCUGUCUAUAACCGACCCCAACCAGCUGAUAAAACACGGUCCAAAGAAGGCAAAGACACCGUGGAAGCCUACCAGCUCGCUCAGCGCUUGCAGUCCAUGCGGACAAGAAGACGGCGAGUGCGAGACCCUUGGGGGAACUGGUGUGAUGCGAAGGAUUUGGAAGGACAGACAUUUGAGCAUCUGUCUGCUGAAGAGUUAGCAAGAAGAAGAGAGGAGGAAAAACUGAAGCCUGCAAAGUCUUCUAAAGGUUCAAGACAAACAAAAAGUUCCUUUGAUCCCUUUCAGCUGAUACCGUGCUGUUUAUUCACUGAAGAAAAACAGGAACCUUUUCAGGUGAAGGUGUCUUCUGAAGCGCUUUUAAUAAUGGAUUUGCACUCUCACGUGUCUAUGGCGGAAGUAAUAGGGCUGUUAGGCGGAAGAUACUCUGAAGCCAAUAAAAUUGUCGAAGUUUGUGCAGCAGAGCCGUGCAAUAGCCUGAGUACAGGGCUGCAGUGCGAGAUGGAUCCCGUGUCACAGACGCAGGCCUCGGAAACGCUGGCUGCCAGGGGGUACAGCGUCAUCGGGUGGUACCACUCCCACCCGGCCUUUGACCCCAACCCCUCCAUACGAGAUAUCGACACUCAAGCGAAAUACCAGAGUUAUUUCUCCAGAGGUGGUGCCAUGUUUAUCGGAAUGAUUGUAAGUCCUUACAACCGAAAUAAUCCUCUUCCAUAUUCUCAGAUGACUUGUUUAGUAAUCAGCGAUGAGAUCAGUCCUGAUGGUUCGUACCGCCUGCCCUACAAAUUUGAAGUGCAGCAGAUGUUGGAGGAACCUCAGUGGGAAUUAAUAUUUGAAAAAACAAGAUGGAUAAUUGAAAAAUACAGAUUAUGCCAUAGCAGUGUCCCCAUGGAUAAAAUUUUUCAUAGAGAUUCUGACCUGACUUGUUUGCAGAAACUGUUGGAGUGCAUGAGGAAGACGUUGGGCAAGGUAACAAACUGCUUCAUUGCUGAAGAGUUCCUGACUCAGAUAGAAAACUUAUUCCUUUCCACGUACAAGAGUGAGAAGAGUAACGCCGAAGAGAAGGAGAAUGAAUGUUCAAAUGAAUUGCCAAUGUGA